AUGGACGAGUAUCAUUUCAAGGCGGGAAAAGGACCGGACCCCAAGAUCGCGCAGGCGGAGCGGAAAAAGGCGUCAUUGGACACGGAGAUGGACUCGUAUUGGGAGGCAAAGGAAAAAGCAGCGGCCGGCGCGGGGGCUGGCACUGCCACGGAGACCGAGGUACAAAACGGCAUGGAGGCGUAA